AUGUGCGACUACUUUCUCCACGACGUUUACGAGCAUCUCGACAAUCGGACACGCUACAAGCGGUGUUUGGACCUCUGCGGGGAAAUGAUGAAGUUCCAACUCGCGGCCGUUGGCGUGCUGUUCGUUACAAGCAUCGCAGUUGGCGCAGUGGCGACGCGGGCGGAUGCGGGUUCUACCGGCGUUGCGCUCUUGUUUGCCAACCAGUUUAGCAAGGUCAUGUCAGAGCUACUGCAGCGGCUGGUCGACGUUGAGGGCGACAUGGUUAGCGUUAGUAGAGUGGACGAGUAUGCGGACCUGCCCGCGGAGAGGGUGGACGGAGAGGAUCUACCUGAAGCUUGGGCGCUACAGGGCGAGCUGAAAGUUUCUGGACUGACGGCAAGCCCCGAAAUGAAUUUCGAACAAUGUUUGCUGCAGGAUGUUUCGUUUUCAGUGAGCCCAGGGGGACGGGUUGGCAUCGUGGGACGGACGGGCGCGGGCAAGUCGUCGCUCACAUUGGCACUGACACGGCAUUUGCAGAUGAGGGGAAGCAUCACCAUAGAUGGCGUGGAUCUGACGUCUGUCAAUGUGAAAGAGCUUCGAAGAAGACUCUUGGUGAUAUCGCAGGAUCCUUAUCUGUUUGGAGCUACUUUGCGCGAGGUGGUCGACCCGGCUGGCGUCCACACCGACGACGAAAUCCGAAACGUUCUCACCACUGUUAGUUUUCCGAUAGAGCAAAAAAGUAGUGAAAUCAAAGACGUUUCCUCCACUGCUGGGGUUUCGACCGAGCAAAAAAGCAGUGAAAUCCAAGCCGUUCCCUCCACUGCCGCGGCUUCGACCAAGUCAAAAAGCAGUGCUUCAACAGCCAUUAAACUUGACUUCGAGGUUGGCCACGGCGGGCUGAAACUGUCCCAGGGACAGCGACAGAUGCUGCGACUCGCGCAGGUGCUUCUCGCGGACCGGCGCAUGAUCAUCAUGGACGAAGCGACGAGCGCUCUGGACGCGGAUGACGACGCAGCUGUCCAGCUCGCACUCCGCUAUGCGGAGGGGGGUAAAGCAAAGCUCCUCGUCGUGGCACACCGUCUCGCAACUGUCGCUGACUUUGACAUGCUGCUGGUUGUGGAAAACGGACGGCUGGAGGAGAGCGGCCGGCCGGCGGAGCUGUAUCAGAAGGGCGGCUUGUUUACGGAUUUGGUGAAUUCGAGUGUGGACAAAGAUGAGCUAUUGAAAAAGUUUUAA